GUUCUUUAUGGAGAAUGGUUCUAUAAAUCCUUCCUCAAUCUCAAUCUCUUUGUAGAUACUUUUGAAGACUCAUACACGUUUGUUUUUAAUUCUGGUUAGCCAUAUUAUAUCGUAUAAAUGCCAUAACUGUUAUUAUUGUGUUAAUUUAUAAGUUGAAUCAGGUGUGCUCGCUCUGGAACUGCUGUUCUCAAUUGACAGAAGGCCAUACGCGAGUCUUUCACAAGACACGGUCACAUACUAUAUAGUGGCAUAACACAACACAUUAGAUAAACUGGAAUGACACAGUCAGGUUUGCACAAAAAGAGCUGUGAGGAAACCACACCUCAAAAUAUUCAAAUGAGCCGCAGCCCAGCGACAAUCUAUUUAUCACUAAAAGAGCAAAGAACCCCUUUGUGAACUGAAAGAACCAUUGAAAAGCUAAAAUGGUUCUUGGAGUUGUGGUUCAACAUAGAACCAUCACCCUUCCCAAAUAACCCUUGAGGAACACUCUUUUCUUAGUGUGCAAGUGAAUCUAUAGUCCACAAGAUGCUGCAGGCUACCUGGAGAAACACAACAAUUAUUGACAAAUGUUAUACCCGUGGCAUACCAGGUAUAAUAAUUUUAAAAAAUGUAAUCUGCUGUUGUGCCCUUGGGCACCUGCUCACCAUCCAGGGGUGCUGCACAGUGGCUGACCAUGUGCCUCUCAACAUGAGCCAAGCAAAUAUUAUGGCGAUUUUACAGGUAGGUGGAUCUAGCAUUCUAACACUUUGGUUUGGUGUGUGGAUUUAAUGGUAUGAAAUGAAGGACAAUUACAGCCAUGUAUAAAGUUUGGCUCAGGUAAAUGCAGUUGAUACUGUUAAAUGUUAAACUCUGAUCAAUUCCAACACACCAGGGGAACUUUAUGAAGCAACCAUGCUGUUAAGAAGCCUCAGUCCGCUACAUAUGAUAGUAUCUUCACUCUUUUUCUAUUUUACUGAUGGCUGCCACACCCUGAGGCUCACUAACCAGACCAUCUGUAGCUGUGACCACUUCUCCUUUUUUACCCUCAUGACGGAAAUCUACUGAUCAUGCCAUGCUGGUUCAUCUCCAGUUGGUGGCAUCUCUGUUGUUACUCAACCUGCUGCUCUUGACCAGUGUGGGUUUGGCCUUUGUGGGCCCUGCAUCUAUGGCCCCUGGCCUGUGUCCUGCUGUGGCCGCCCUGCUGCACUACUCACUGCUCUGCUGCUUCACCUGGAUGGGCCUGGAGGCUCUGCAUCUGUACAGGCUGCUGGUCCUGGUCUACAACAUCUACAUGAGACACUACCUGCUGAAGCUGAGCCUGCUGGGCUGGGAUGUUCCUGCUUUGGUUGUAUCCAUAGUCACCGCUGUCAGUACAGAUUUCUAUGGGCUGAAUAACAGAAUACUCUGGUGUGCAGUACGGCUCUGUUGUGGCUUACCUGAUAGUGUCCUGCUCUUCAAUAGCACCAUCUUCGCCAUCGUCAUCACAAAGAUGCUCAAGCUGCGCUCUGUCACGUCGCCGCAGGGGAAGAGGCAGAGCCGCAACAUCACCUGCAGCGUUCUUGGGUUGACCUGCAUCCUGGGGGGGUUCUUCCUGUUCCUAUGGCUCUGCGUUAAGAGACUGCGGGGGGCAGAGCAGAGUUCCAUGACAACUGGACAGAGCUCAAGCACCCACAUUCUCUCCGUUGGAAGUGAGGUCUGGCCCUCUUCUGGAAGAACAAGGCAGUCAGUGCAAGAGGGAGCAAUUGCUGACAAUACAGCUAAGUUCUGACCAAAAGCUGACUUUAGUUUGUGAUGCUUUAGCUCACUGAGAUGAAAGGAAAUCUACAAAUAGAAAUGAAGUACCGUGAAGGAAUUGUUUUGCUUCGGUCCCAUACAGUACAUCACAUACUUAAAUAAAUGUUAAAGCAGAUAAUCCUUAAGAAAGAACGUGUUGUACUCCUAUCGUUUAAUUUCUUCCUGUUAAAAUGAGAUUGGCUGUUUUAUAUGCCACCUUUCACCUAAAGCCUUCUAUUAUUAUUAUUCUGGGAUGGAAAGGGGAGUUGGAACUGUUCUCAGAGAUGAAACUAAAGUGAAUUGUAAUGAUUGUAAACUAAUUCUGUAAUAAAUAUACAUAUACAGUACCAGUCAAAAGUUGACACUGUCAUAACGUUGGGCCUGGGGGAUGGGUUUAUGACGGUCAUAAAUACCUCUUCCCCCUUUAUCCUCUCUCUAACCUACUGAGGUUACAUUAAAAAAAACUUGGUUAACAUAAAGAUUCUGGGAACAUCAGAAGGUGGGGGGAAAUUAACUAUAUUCUGGUAAUCCGAACAAUUGAACAUAUGCGGUGGUACUUAAUGAAUAUGAUGUCAGUUCGGUUGUCAUCUGAGACAUUCUCAUCAAUGAUAAGAUGACAAACUCUACAGUGGAAAGUCUACACAUCAGAGUUAUCGGAUUCACAUGGAAUUGUUGUAUAAUUUAAAUAUGAAAUUAUUUGUGAUGGGAUGAAAUGUGAUUUUAGCUUUUAAAAUGUGAGAUGUGGGUUUUCAUAAGAUAUUGCUGCUCACUCAGUGAAGGGACAUGGGCUAUAAAACUUUUCAAACACGACCUCUUCUCCCUUCCUAUAUAAAGCCUUGACGACAACAGAACUUCCUGUUCCGGUGAGGUAGGAUGGAUGGUCCUAUGUCAGAAUGGUUCAGAUAAUAACUACAGAACGAAGCCAACAUCAGCAUGAGCAACCAAAUUGCGAAUGGUAUGAACUUUGAACUCUUAUUCACGACAGAAGUGAUACCUCCUAGCCGUUGAGUUAGCGACCGCAGCUGCAAACGCAGGUUAGGAAGGAACAGACAAAGUAUCCCGUCUACCACACAACAACGUUACUACAACGUAUCCAAUUGACCACCAGAGACAUUCUUCAAAGGACUCGGUUGGGCAACACGGCCUUCCAUCUACAACCAACCUACUGAAGCGCAGCUCAGAGUAAAUAUUUAUUGCAUUUUCCUUUUCCAAAUGGGUGGUAAUUUAGAAUGCAUAAGAUACUGUAUUUACGAUAGCACAGCUUCACCUUUGUUCCUGUCUUCCCGCUCUUUCACUCAACCCAGCCCCUUUUCCUUUGUGUAACAAGCUGUCAUAUCUGUUCCGCCCGCUAGGGACGUUUUCCUUUAUGACGUCAUUUGUAAUCAAGUUAUGAUUUAAUUAUGUGCAUUUGUGAUUCUGUGCGAUUAGUUUGGUAUUUAGUAAAUAAAUAAUUAAACCCAAAUUUUGUAUUGCUGUUUCAAAUUGUUAGCCAGGGUUCUUUCAGAUAACCAAGAAUUUACAACUUUCAGAUGAGACUGAAUUGAGGUGACGAUUGAUAUCGACUGCUAUGGAUGUAAAAUAUUACUAGGUCUUUAAGAGUUUAUUCGGAAGAUAACAGCUCUAUAAAUAUUAUUUCGUGGUGCCUGACUCUCUAGUUAAUUACAUUUACACGAUUAGCUCAAUCAGGUAAUAGUAAUUACGGAGAAAUUAUUUUAUAGAAUAGCAUGUCAUAUCACUUCAUCCGGCAUAGCCAGACACGACAACACCUACUUUAUUUUUUACUAUUUUCUACAUUGUAGAAUAAUAGUGAAGACAUCAAAUCUAUGAAAUAACCCAUAGAAUAAUUUAGUACCCCAAAUAGUUCAAAUAUAUAUAUAUAUAUAAUAUUUUACAUUUGAGAUUCUUCAAAGUAGCCACCGUUUGCCUUGAUGACAGAUUUGCACUCUUGGCAUUCUCUCAACCAGCUUCAUGAGGUGGUCACUUGGAACGCAUUUACAUUAAACUGGUGUCUCUUGUUAAAAGUUAAUUUGUGUAAUUUCUUUCCUUCAAAAUACAUUUGAGCCAAUCAGCUAUGUUGUGACAAGGUCGGGGUGGUAUACAGAAGAUAGACCUAUUUGGUAAAAGACCAAGCUCAUAUUAUGGGGUCAAAUUGCUGCAAAGAAAACACUACUAAAGGACACCAAUAAUAAGAAGAGAAUUGCUUGGGCCAACACAUAGGAGGAAUAGACAUUAGACCGGUUGAAAUCUGUCCUUUGGUCUGAUGAGUCCAAAUUUGAGAUUUUUGGUUCCAACUGCCGUGUCUUUGUGAGCUGCAGAGCAGGUGAACGGAUGAUCUCUUCAUGUGUCGUUCCCACAGUGAAGCGUGGAGGAAGCGGUGUGAUGGUGCUUUGCUGGUGACACUGUCAGUGAUUUAUUUAGAAUUCAAGGCACACAACCAGCAUGGCUACCACAGCAUUCUGCAGCAAUACGCCAUCCCAUCUGGUUUGCGCUUAGUGGGACUAUCAUUUGUUUUUCAACAGGACAACAUAACAACACACCUCCAAGCUGUGUUAGGGCUAUUUGACCAAGAAGGAGAGUGAUGGAGUGCUGCAUCAGAUCACCUAGCCUCCACAAUCACCUGACCUCAACCCAAUUGAGAUGGUUUGGGAUGAGUUGGACCGCAGAGUGAAGAAAAAGCAGCCAACAAGUGCACAGCAUAUGUGGGAACUCCUUCAAGACUGUUGGAAAAAUAUUCCAGGUGAAGCUGGUUAUGAGAAUGCCAAGAGUGUGCAAAGCUGUCAAAGGGUGGCUACUUCGAAGAAUCUCAAAUAUAUUUGGAUUUGUUUGACACUUUUUUGGUUACUACAUGAUUCCAUAUGUGUUAUUUCAUAGUUUUGAAGUCUUCACUAUUAUUCUACAAUGUAGAAUAUAGUAAAAAUACAGAAAAACCCUUGAAUUAGUAGGU